AUGCAUCUCACCAGCACUGUAGGCGCUGUCGCGGCGCUGGGGACAACGCUCCUAGGCCAGGCUGCUGCUCAAGGCAGCUAUGGCGGCUCGACUACAAACAAUGCCAGCAGCAGCUUACCAAUAGUCGACCUUGGUUACGAACUCCACCAGGCUGCCCUCUACAACUCUACUGGAGGGUUCUACAACUUCAGCAAUAUCCGUUACGCUGCUCCGCCAGUCGGUGAGAACAGGUUUAAUGUUCCACAGGCACCAGCGGUCAAUCGCUCGAGCGUCCAGCAAGGUCUACAGGGACGAAUCUGUCCUCAGGCCAACCCGGCGUGGCUACUGAUCGCCGAAGCCUACAUCCCCCAGUAUCUCGGUGGCAAAACCAACUUCACCCAAGCCGACUUUCCCAGCGCAAAUAGCUCGUCUUCCAGUGCUCUGCCCGCACAAGAUCCUAGGACUACCGAGGACUGCUUGUUCUUGGACGUUGUUGUCCCGGAGAAGAUCUUCAAUAACAGGAACAAUGGCUACGGUGCACCCGUGCUUGUUUGGAUCUAUGGCGGCGGGUAUACUGCCGGCUCAAAGUCUGACUCUGGUAACCCUGCUGGUCUAUUGGCGAGGAGCGAGAAUAAUGGCGCGAGUGGCGUAAUCUACGUCAGCUUGAACUACCGCCUUGGUGCCUUCGGCUGGCUAUCUGGUCCAACCUUCCAAGCAAAUGGCACUGCAAAUGCUGGUCUGCACGACCAAAGGUUUGCGCUCGAGUGGAUUCAAGCCAACAUUGCCAAGUUCGGUGGUGAUCCCAACCGUGUCACCGUCUUCGGCGAGUCUGCGGGAGGUGGUUCAAUCAUGCAUCAAAUCACUGCCUACGGCGGCAACAAUGGAUCAGUACCGUUCGCUCAGGCCGUGCCCCAAUCCCCUGGCUGGCAGCCUUUCGUCUCGAACAACCAGCAGGAAUCGAUCUUCAACUCGUAUCUGUCGCUGCUGAACGUUUCAACGAUCGAGCAGGCACGCCAGCUACCAUCUUCUGCACUCAUCACCGCGAACAUUAUCCAGGUCGGCCUUUCUCAGUAUGGUAGUUUCACAUAUGGCCCGACUGUAGAUGGUGACUUUGUUCCGGCCAUGCCUGGAGAACUUCUUUUGCACGGCCAAUUCGAUAAGAGUCUUCGAAUUAUGGUUGGCCACAACGCGGAUGAGGGGCUCCUGUUCACAUCACCUUUCACACAGACCAACGCCGAUUUCGCAGCUUUCGUCGUCGGCGAUUUGCCCUCUCUUCGUGGUUUGCCAUCGACGCUCGACUAUAUCACGAACACUCUUUAUCCCCCGGUCUUCGAUGGCUCGCAAGCCAUGGGCUACACAAAUCAAAUCGCUCGUGCUGCCGCAGCUACCAGCGAGUUGAUCUUCACUUGCAACACGUUCUACCUGAACAAAGCGUAUGGCAAUAAUACGCAUGCGUACUUCUUCACUGUGCCUCCGGCUUUACAUGGAUCUGAUGUCCCCUAUACAUACUACAAUGGGCCCUCAGCAUCUGUGUUGAACUCGCAAAUCGCCAUUGCGUUGCAGGAGUACAUCACAAGCUUUGCGGAAACCGGAAAUCCCAACGAACAAGGUGUCCCAUACUUCGUCAUGUACGGUCAGAACGCGACUGUCCAGAAUCUGAACAUCACUGGCAUUUCUGAAGUCAUGGAUCCCACUGCCAAUGCUAGAUGCAACUGGUGGCAAAAGGUGCUAUACGUCUAG